AUGGAUCUCAUGGACAUGGGCAUCGGCUUGGACGCGAUACGAAGGGAGAACGAGCAAGGCCCGCUCAUACCGCUGCGGCACGACAAACACGCGGGACGCGACGCGGCGAUGAAAGCGCGCGGCGGCGCCGCGCCCGCGCACUCGUCCGCGUCCAACGCCGUCGCCGGCAGCGAGCUGUACGACACGCUGUCGUCCGCGGACUUCUCCCAGGAGGUGCGCGUCGACGCGGUGAAGACGGGGAUCGCGAAUCGCCUCGCGCGAAUCUCGGCGUCCGCCUUCCCCGCGGACGCGAUCGUCGCCAACUGCGGCGCGCUCCCCAUCGGCGCGAUCCUCUCGCUCUUCGCCCCCGCCCCCGCCCCCGCCGACGCCGACGCCGACGCCGACGCCGCGAACGACGACGCGGUCCCGACGCUGCGACGAGACCCGGCGUCGUGCUACCACUGCGGCGCGUUCGCGUCCGCGUCGUGCCGCGUCGACUUGACGCUCGGCGCGUGGCGGUGCGCGCUGUGCGACGUCGGGAACGUCGACGCGCUCUACGCGUGCGGCGGCGGCGGGUCGAACGGGGGGCGGGACGCGUUCCCGGAGCUGACGAACGCGGUGGUGGAGUACCACCUCGAGAGCGGGAGCGGCGACGGAUCCGCGGGCGGCGGCGGCGGCGGGGACGGCGAAGGCGGCGGGAACGGCGGCGUGGUUUUUUUCGUCGUCGACGACGCGCUCGACGACGACGAGGCCGCGCUGCUUCGCGCGUCAUUAUCCCGCGUCGCGUCCGGUCUCGACGCGUCGCAGAGCGUGGGGUUCGUGACCUACGCCGCGUCCGUCGCGGUGUACGAGUUAGGCGGCGCGAGCGCCGUCGCGAGCGCGGAAGUGCUUUCGGGCGCGAAGUCGCCGCGCGCGGCUGACCUGGACGCGUUUUUAGGAAAAGAAGAAGAAGACGACGACGACGGCGGCGGCGACGGCGGCGGCUCGAUCGGGCGAUUCAUCGCGCCCGCGCGCGCGUGUCGAGCCGCGCUCGAGGCGGUCAUCUCGUCGAUCAAACCCGCGGGGCGGAGCGCCGGGCCCGUCGCGGGCAGGGCGCGGUGCGCGGGUGUCGCGAUCGAGACGGCGGCGGCGAUGAUUCGACGCCGCGGCGGCCCGGGUCGGAUACUCGUGUGCGCGGGCGGGCCGUGCACGCGAGGGCCGGGCGGCGUGCGCGCGGACGACGAGUCCGAGCUUUUUGAUUUCGAGAGAGCGACCGCGGCGGCGUACGUGGACGAACUGUCGAGCACGAUCGCUUCGCUUGACGUGACCGUGGACAUCAUCUCCGGCGGACGAGAAGCCAUCGGCGCGGCUAGGCUCGCCCCCCUCGCGGACGCGACCGGUGGAUCCGUCGUCCUCGUCGAAGACUUCGGCGCGACGUUCGAAUCCAACGCGGCGAGGGCGGCGGCGAGACGGCCAGGGAGAGGACCGGCGGUGACGGUGAGACUGUCGCACGGCGUGCAGUGCGCGCGCGUCAUCGGACCCGUUCGCACGAUGACGCGCGAAGCCGCGGCGGCGGCGACGCGGUGUGGGUCGACCGCGUUCGAGGACGCGAGCGACGUGGUCCGUUUGAAGACGAACGAUCCCACGCAGGUGCGCGCGCCCUCCGCUCGUUCCCCGGAGCGUUUUUUUUUUUUUUUUUCGCUCGCGCGCGAGGCAUAA